GCCGCCGGGGAGACACCCCUGGCCCGCGGGCCCGCCCCGGCUCCGCCGCCUGAGCCGCCGUGAGGGAGCGCGGCGGGGCCGUCCCGCGCCAUGGAGCGCUACGAGAAGCUGGGCAAGGUCGGGGAGGGCUCCUACGGCGUCGUCUUCAAGUGCCGCAACAAGGACACGGGGCAGAUCGUGGCCAUCAAGAAGUUCCUGGAGUCCGAGGAGGACCCGGUGAUCAGGAAGAUCGCCCUGAGGGAGAUCCUCAUGCUCAAGCAACUCAAACACCCCAACCUGGUGAACCUGCUGGAGGUGUUCAGGAGGAAGCGGAAGCUGCACCUCGUGUUCGAGUACUGCGACCACACGGUUCUCCACGAGCUGGACAAGCACCCCCGGGGGGUGCCAGAGUACCUGGUGAAGAGCAUAACCUGGCAGACCCUCCAGGCCGUGAACUUCUGCCAUAAACACAAUUGCAUCCACCGAGAUGUAAAGCCAGAAAACAUCCUGAUAACAAAGCACUCUGUCAUCAAACUCUGUGACUUCGGUUUUGCUCGAAUACUGACCGGUCCCAGUGACUACUACACCGACUACGUGGCCACCCGCUGGUACCGCUCCCCGGAGCUGCUGGUGGGGGACACCCAGUACGGGCCCCCCGUGGACGUCUGGGCCAUCGGCUGCGUCUUCGCCGAGCUGCUCUCGGGGGUCCCGCUGUGGCCUGGGAAGUCUGACGUGGACCAGCUGUACCUCAUCCGGAGAACCCUGGGGGAUCUCAUUCCCAGGCACCAGCAAGUGUUCAGCACCAACCAGUUCUUCAGCGGGGUAAGAAUUCCAGACCCGGAGAGCAUGGAGCCAUUGGAAGCGAAAUUCCCCAAUAUUUCAUACUCUGCUCUGUCUCUCAUGAAGGGAUGCCUUCGGAUGGACCCUGCGGAGAGGCAAACCUGUGAGCAGCUGCUGCAGCAUCCCUACUUUGACAGCUUCAGGGAGGCGGUGGAUCUGGGGAAAGAACGUGAAAAGACAGCUCGGAAACCAGCCAGGCUGACUCGGAAGCACAUGCCAGGGUUCCAGCACCUGCCCCAGCUGACCAGCAGUAACGUUCUCCCAGCUUUGGACAGCAAGAAGCACUGCUGCAAAACAAGGAAAUCCAACUACCACUUCCCAAACAUCUGACCAGAUUCAGACUUGAUCAUUCGAAGUUCAAGGAUAAAUUCAGGGUUUAUAAAGGGAGGAUACACAGUGGAAAACUAAAUUACUAAAUGCUAUGACCUGUACAAAGUGAGUCCAGCCUGAUGAGAGGCUGCCUGACUGCUCCAGGUAGUUCCCAGCCUGCUCCAGGGAUACACCUGCCUUACUACUGCACUUACAGAUCACAGAGUAUUAAAACUACAGGUAGUGGCUUCACAGGCUCAACAGGCACCACUCCCAGGAGAACAGAUCAACCAAAACCUCUUGUUUCUUUACUCUUUUCAGAGUUUCUCCUGAGUGUUUCAUCCGUUGAUUGAGGUUGCUCUUCUUUGCUGUUUCUGACAAUAGUGAAGCCACUCGCUUGUAGUUACAGGAAUUGUUUUGAUCAAAACUAAUCAUGAACUUAAUUUAUAACAAUGGCCAGACACAGGUAGGAAUUCUACCUUAGUGUUUGUAUUAAGAGUGACUCGGGUUUGUGGAAUCUCAGGAUGUAAUAUUGGGUUGAUUUUGAAUAAAAGAAAUGUAGCUUGUUUUUCCAA